AUGUCCUUAGCAAUAAAUCAAACGAAUGUCAAAGAAACAGAUAAAAAUAAUAACUCGACUGACGUGAAGAGACAAGUACAACAUCCACCAUCAACGAACAUAUUUUUGAAUACUAGAGGACGUCUUAUGUCCAUUGAUGAUAUCCAAAAAGCAAGUGUAGUGUCUUCGAACCCUUAUCUAGUUUACCCUCGAAGAAAAAGUUCAUCAGUUGCUCUCAAUAGUUCCGUAUUGCAUUCGAUUGAAGAUAAUAUCAAUGGACAUAUUGUUCGCAUUCGUCUCAUCUUCAUUCGUAUCGGUGAAAUCGAUACACUCAAUGAAAAAUAUCAAGCGGAUAUCUAUUUUGAAGCCCGAUGGAUAGAUCGUAUUGAUUUGGAUACACUUGAUCUAACUGCUCAGCAACGUACACAAUUAAUAAAUGAAUUGGCAACUAUUCGUUUGAACGAUUUUUCUCCGAUUACCCAUUGGACACCCGAAUUAUCGAUUGAAAAUGCUAUUGCACAUAUUGGCGAACCAGAAAAAUGGUUCACCAUGACAAAAGUUGCACCUAAAUUAGAUGAAAUAAUUCCGGCACCUUUGGUCAAAUUAGAGAUUUGCGAACACCGUCGAGCACGAGGUGCAUUUUGGGAAAAACUCGAAUUGAAUCACUUUCCAGUCGAUGUACAAGAUCUUACAGUUUCCAUCACUAGUGAUCAUCAUAUGAAUACGGUUCUGCUUGUCCAAGAUGAAGAUCGCUUUUCGAUUAUCAAUCGUGAAGCAUUCUUUGAUCAACAAGAAUGGUCACUGUAUGAACAUGUGACUACAGAAACGCGCGAAACAAAUGAAGAAUAUUCGUUCGAACAUGAAACAGGCAUCGAACCCAAAACCCAUCCAGUUCUUGCUGUUACUUGUCGCGCAGCUCGUCAACCUGGUUACUACUAUUGGAAUGGAUUUUGCCUGAUUUUUCUUAUUACUCUCUGCGCUUUUUGCAUUUUUGCUAUUCCACCAAAUUUACCUCAAAAUCGUCUCCAAAUCACUUCGACACUUCUUCUUACUUCGAUUACUUUUCGUUGGGUAGUGAAUCGAUCUCUACCAACAGUUUCCUAUUUGACAACCCUGGACAAAUAUGGAAUUAUAUCAAUUUUUAUACUUGUUCUUCUAUGUGUUUGGCACGCAAUCAUUGCCGCAGUGACUUAUCUGAAAUUGUCAUCGUUAGCAAAUUCUCUCCCUCCGGAUAAUAUUUAUGUUCAAAUUGAUCGAUACGUCUUCUUCGUUCUCAUGUCCGGAUAUGUUUUCUUCCAUGUCGGUCUGAUCAUCUGGCUCAUAUGUGUGCCGUAUAAGCGACGUCGUGAUAUGAAAAAACUCGAUCGUCAAUAUACAAAAAACUGGAAGCAGAAAUUAGAUGAACUCGGACAAUCAUGCCAAGGUUCUCUUUAUCAAAAUCAAAGCUCAAACAAGUAUCGACCAUCGUCAGCUAUGAGCACUCGAUCCCCAUCGAAUAAAUCUCCUACUGGUGGAUUUGUAAAACAAAAUGACAACGUUUUUAUCAUGGCAAAUGCUUCAACAUUCGUGCCGAUCAGAGAAGAACCGCAUAAAGCUACAGUAUCCGAGAACUCCACUGAAUUACAUAAUUAA